AAAGUAAGUGUGGGAACAGUGAAAUGGCAUUUACGUAACAGUUGUCCUGGUCCAAGAAUAGUUGUUUCGUAAUGUCUGCGUCUUUGUUACGGAGGGGUCUUGAAUUGUUUGACCAGGAUAUUCGAGGUGGUGGUUUAGCAGCUGCAAAGGGCAAAAGUGCUUCUCCUCCAGUGUCAAAUGCUAGAAAACGUACAAAACAGCAAAAUUCAAGAUUGCAUGCACAAAAGAGGUUGAAGAACAAAGCAACUGUCAAGGGCAAAGUCAUUCAGUCUGCUGUAGAGGAAUAUCGAAAGCGCCAGCCUACUAGCCAUUUUACUGAAAAUCUGCAGUACAUGCUAAGCUCUAGGUGUGCAACGGACAGUUCUGUUACAGAAAAGGUUGUAUCACAGAACUGUGGAAGGAAAUCAAAAGAUUUACCUAACAAGAAAGUAGAAAAGAAAGAUGAGAAAUCUGUCUUCACUGAAGAUGAUUUCAGAAAGUUCCAGCUGGAGUAUUUUGGUGGAGGAGUUGGACCAAUCUGAACCUUUCAAGAACUUGCAGCAGUUCGUAAACUUAAAAUUAGACUCUGGGAAAAAUGUUUAUUCAGUUUGCAGACAAAAUAUGCUGAAGAAUACAAAAAAAAAUUUGGAGACAUUCUCCAGAAAUAAGAGAACUUACCAGGUAGUGUUAUCACACUGCAUCUCUACUUUCUUACUCAUCCUUUUGAAACUGAAGCAUGUGAAAAGUUCUCUGCUUGUCCUCCAGCUGUUCAUGGUACACUUUCUGCCUCUAAGAUAUAGCUUCAGUCGCAUAGACAUUGCGGGUUAAAACACAACUGUCAACAAACUUCCAUGAGUGAAGGUGGAUUGGGAUUAUGUAGUAUGUACUGCUUUUGUCUAGAUCUUGAUCACUGAGAGUGGAGUUGUGUUGGGAUCAGUUAAUUAAUAUGUAUUGUUAGCGUUGUGAUCUCAGGCAUAAAAUAUAUUUUGGCUCUGUUUAGCAACAUGUCCUAUGGCAAUUAUGUUUUACCUUUGUAUGCAUUGUAAUGCACCUUGGUUAAUUUACUGUUGCUCGUUUGGUUUUGGUACUAAAUAAACAUCUGAAAAAAAUUAA